UCAGAAAGCCACAGCCUGCCAGCACCAGUCCUGCUUUCAGCCCAGCAUGACAUCCCCUCUACCCAUCCGGACCUGGCCCUUCAUCCUGAUUCUGCUGGCUGUCCUGGCCCCAGGGGCUGCAGACUUCAACAUCUCAAGUGUCUCUGGUCUGCUGUCCCCAGCGCUAACAGAGAGCUUGCUAGUUGCCUUGCCCCCUUGUCACCUCACAGGAGGGAAUGCCACACUGAUGGUCCGGAGAGCCAAUGACAGCAAAGUGGUAAAGUCCAGCUUUGUGGUGCCUCCAUGCCGUGGGCGCAGGGAGCUGGUGAGUGUGGUGGACAGUGGGGCUGGCUUCACAGUCACUCGGCUCAGUGCAUACCACGUGACAAACCUUGUGCCAGGAACCAAAUACUACAUUUCCUACCUAGUGACGAAGGGGUCAACCACUGAGUCCAGUAGAGAGAUGGCCAUGUCCACGCUUCCUCGAAGGAAUGUGGAGUCCAUUGGGCUGGGAAUGGCCCGGACAGGGGGCAUGGUAGUCAUCACAGUGCUGCUCUCCGUCGCCAUGUUCCUGCUGAUUCUGGGCUUCAUCAUCACCCUGGCACUGGGCACCCGCAAGUGAGGAGGCUGCUCUGAGCAGCGGGCUCCUCCGGGGACUCCAGGGCACUCUCUGUUCCCCCUUCCUGCCUCCUCCCUGGUCUGUCACCAGCCUUUGGCUCUCCCAGUGCCUUCACUUGCCUCUCCCUGCCCCCCUCCCGUUCCUCCCCCUGUUCAUCUCCUUGCUCCCCAAUGCCUCCCCUUCCAGCACUCCCUGUCAUUCCCCUCACCCCUCUCCUGUCAGAGCUGACUUUCCUCCCAUUUCACCACUUU